CCGAUGUCUUGCUUACUCCAGCGGAUGUCGUUGAAGAAUGUGCCACAAAAUCUGAGAUACACACAGCGCGAGGCAGGCUGGUGCCCAUAUAUCUGAACGAGUCCACAUAAAAGGCAAAAAAUGGAAGUCCAGCUUGAUGUAACAUCCACAUCAACCAAACUGCAAAACACGCUUAUUAAGUACCAUUGCACUAAUGAAGAUGAGUGGUAUGUCACAAAAAGAGCUAAUGAUGUUACAGUUUGGCGAAAACCUUCAGAAGAAUUUAGCGGUUCACUCUACAAAAUUGAAGGAAUAGUUAAAAAUGUUACUAAUACAGUUGUAGAUUACAUUCGCCCAGGACCGUAUAGGCUGAAGUGGGACAGCUUGAUGACAACAAUGGACAUAAUCAAAGACUUUGAUCAGGGUUGUUGCGUAAUGCGCUAUACAACUGCUGGACAGCUUUUCAACAUAGUAUCUCCCAGAGAGUUUGUUGAUUUCUCCUCUACUACACAAUAUGAAGAUGGACUUUUAACUUGUGGAGUUAGCCUUGAAUAUGAGAAUAUGCGGCCGAACUACGUGCGUGGCUUUAAUCACCCCUGUGGCUGGUUUUGUGUACCACACAAGGACAAUCCUAACCACAGCCUGCUUACAGGCUACAUACAGACUGACUUAAGAGGGCUGCUUCCCCUAAAGACUGUAGAUUUUGCUAUGGCAGGUUCCCUUGUAAACUUUUACAGCGACCUCAGGAAGGCAUUGGCGACAUAAACAUUUUCUGUUGCGCAGCAAACUACAGAGCCAGCAGAAUCCGUUCAUCACUAUGAGCACCUUAGUGAUAAUUAUUGCUUUAUACAGGUUAAACUGUAAACAUUAUUUUCAGAAGAAAAGAAAGAUCCUAUUUUUUAUUAUUUUUGUGCUAAAUAUUUUGCAUUAUUGUGCUACUCAUCCUGUUCACGUGUUUUAUGUGAUGUAUUCUACAGUUUGAGAAGCUUUUUUUUUUCUUAUACAGAAUAACUCCCUAUACAGAAAUGAUAGAACUUGUUUGGAAAUGUAUGUAUUUAUCCCUGAAUGCAGUUAAUCAAGCUAAUCAGGAAGCCGAUGUACAUUUGAAUACAUAUUUAUUUACACAUAUUUGUGUACAUAUUUAUGUGUAUAGAAAUAGGGGGCUAUUUAUUUUAUUCUGUUUGCAUUCUAAAUAUACGUUGUUUUCUGGUAUUUAUUUAAAAAGAUAAUCCAUAUAGUAAUAGUUUUUGAGAAAAAUAACAUUUCUAUUUGUUUAUGGCAUGCCAAAUGAUUAUAGUUACAAUAUUAUAAUACUAACCUAUUGCUGUAGACUACAAAUAUAUAGAUGAUAAUAUGUAUUUUGUUAGCAGAAAUAUAAUGAAGUAUAAAAACAGUAAGAUGACUUGAAUAAAAAAGGUAAUAUUUUUUUAA